GAGUGAGAAACGGCUCUUCAAGCAGAGCCCGGGACUGCCUCAGGCAGAGAGAACCUCCUGUUGCAGGGGGGGCGGCAGGUGCUGGGAACACAGAUCUUGUUACUCUGUAGAUAAGGAAUGUCAGAGUGUCUGCCGAGAAGCGGUCAAGCUGUUUGUUUUGGACUUCAGUCUCGCUGUUUAUCGGGAGAGUGCUAAAAGCUACAGGCACGACGAAUGUGGAAUUUUAGGGAGCAGGGGGACAACUGCUGAUGGGCGAUCACCGCUUCAGAAGCCAGACGAUCAGAUGGACUUGGAGCAUAGAAGGAUCAGGCAAGGGAGGAAACGACAGCGUCUAAAAGAGAUGCAUAUUUCCAAUGGCGAGGAGAUGGAAUCGCUCAAGGACAGUCUAAAGGACAGCCCUUGCUUGAAGAACCACAUUGCCAUCUGCAAGGAGGAGAGUGUCUCCUUUAAUGUGCGGCCAGACUGUAUACAAAAUGGUCAAAAGCGGGUUAACACCUCACUCAGUUCCGAUGCGGCAGAGACCCCAAAUGGUGAGGAGUUGGAAGCAAAGGACAUACCAGAUUCAGAUGCACAGAGGGAGUCAGCGGCCAUUCUUUACGGGCAGCAAGUUCUAAGAUCCAAAGCUGAACUCCGGAGACAGCUCGCCUUGCCAGUCACCGAGUGGAACACUGACAGCGAAACCCAAGUGCGAUUCAGGACUUCGCAGGCAAAAGCCAUUGCAGGGCAAGGUUCGGCAGACAGCUUGCCUCUGUACUGUGCCAGUGAUGACCAUGGGCCUGUCGCAGGGACUCCAGCAGGUAUCUGUGCACUGUCUGGCCGGCAGGUCGUGGGCAAGGCUGACAGCUGGCCACACCAGAGCCUGGCCACCGAAAGCAAUUUCACAGUCACUUCCAAAAGUGACUUCUCCCUCAAUACGCUGCUGGCGGAGUCUGAGAGGGGUGAGUCCAGUGGUCUACAGAGGCGGCCCUCACAAGGAUCAGACCUGGAGAAAACAACAAGGAGAAAAGUGCGAGUUUAUUCUACAGAUUCUCCAAGUGACGAGUCCUUCAGCAGUGGGAGUCUAGACUGCGAGUCCAUGUUUACAGGGACCCUAUUUGACAAUGACUUGAAAGACAAUGCUUUCUUAAGCAACAACUUCUCACUGGAGGAUGACGUUGUCCCUCUGGAUGAUUCUGCCUCCGACGAGCUCACAUCGGAAUCCCUGCCUGGACUGGGGCCAGAGAUUCAGUGUCACUUAGCGGCCACGGGCAACUUGGGUGAGAUGCCAUCCAUUGCCAGCUGCAUGGAGCAGGAGAAACGGCGUUUUUCAGCCUCCGAACUGAUAAACAGACUGCACCUCUCUCAGAAGAAAGUAGCACAAGCUUUGAAACUGAACAAGUCCCUGCCAGGAAGGUCUACACCUAGAGAGAAAACUCCCGCUUUCUCCCUUGAAGGCAGAUGGAGUGCAAAAAAAAAGAGCAAGUCUCUCAUCUCGAUCAACAGCAAUGUGUCUCCAAAGCCACAAAGGAGUGGUCUCAUCUUUGACAGUCCUCCACCUAACUUGUGGAAGCCAAGCACCAUUCCAAGGAGAGUGGGGUCAGAAGGGGAACUGAAUGAAAAACAGCUGCGAGAAAGGAGGCAUUCCAGGUUUCUACUGAACUCGAUCCUGUACCAGGAGUACAGCAACGUGGCGAGUGACCGGGAAAUCCAAAGACAGAAACGGGCUGACACAGUCAUCGAGGAAGAUGAUGCGAUCCUGGUCAGCAAAUACAGGUCAUUGCCAAAGAACUCAAGCUGGUCCCACAGAUCCGUCCGAGGGAACGCAUUUGCUCUUUGGCAGGACAUCCCGGAUGUGCGGAGAAGUGGGUUACUGGAUCGAAUGGGCAAUGAGCAACGGAAGCUGCAGGAGGCUAAAUUUGAACUGGUCACUUCGGAAGGCUCUUACCUUCGGAGUCUCACCAUUGCCGUCGAACAUUUCAAUAACUCCAGGGAGCUCCAGGGAUGUCUCAACAUUCAGGAAAAACAAUGGCUAUUCUCUAAACUGCCUGAUGUCAAAGAAGUCAGUGAAAAGUUCCUGCAGGAGCUGGAAGAGAGGCUGGAGAAGGACAUCUUGAACUUUGAUGUGUGUGACAUUGUGUUGGCUCACUGCCCCGCCUUCAGGAGAGUGUAUGUGCCUUACGUGACCAACCAGGCUUAUCAGGAACAGACCUACCAGCGGCUGCUGCAGGAGAAUUCCAGGUUUUCCAGUGUGUUGGCCAAGCUGGAGGAGGAUCAGAUUUGCCAACGACUGCCCCUCACCUCAUUUCUAAUCCUGCCUUUCCAAAGGAUAAUGAGGCUGAAGAUGCUGGUGGAGAAUAUAUUGAAACGGACCAAACAGGGCUCCCAGGAGGAGGAGACAGCCACAAAGGCCUUCGACAAACUCAAAAAGCUCACACAGGAGUGUAAUUCUAGUGUACAGUCAAUGAAGAGGACAGAGGAACUCAUUCACCUGAACAAUAAAAUCCAUUUUGAAAGUAAGAUUUUCCCACUGAUCUCUCAGUCCCGCUGGCUGGUGAAGCAUGGGGAACUGACUGAAGUGGAUUCCCAGGUCAACAACACCACGGGGUCGAAGUUCAAGCUCUCCACGAGGCCCAUUUACCUGCAUCUCUUCAAUGACUGCCUCCUGCUUUCCCGAAAAAAGGAUACAGGGAAAUUCGCUGUCUUUGUACAUGCCAAGAGCCAGGAGCUGAGGGCGAAGGACCUAAACAUGAAGGUGCACGGGAUCCCAGGCCACGUCUUCCACUUGCAGCUCCUGGAGAAGGGUCACGUGAAGCAGCAGAUCUUGUUGCGAGCCCGCACUGAGAGUGAGAAGCAGCGUUGGAUAACGGCCAUGCUCCUCGCAGACAAAGGGAUCGACACAGAAUAUGUCGGACUGGAGAAGGAUGACAUUCCUCAGGUCCAGUGCAUCAAGACGUACAAAGCCCAGGAAGCAGAUGAGCUGGCACUGGAGAAGGCCGAUGUCCUUGAGGUGAAAACAAGAACCAAAGACGGCUGGAUCGAGGGGAUUCGGUUAUCGGAUGGAGAGAGAGGAUGGUUUCCAAAGCAAUAUGUGGAAGAGAUAACAAACCGGAAUGCUCGGAUACGAAACCUACGGGAAAAGAAUCGCAUUAAACACGCAACCAGGAAACUCCAGGAAGAAUGCCAGUAACAGGAGGCCAGGCUGUGUUGGAGAUGCCAUGUGGAGCAUGGAUAUCGAACUCAUCCCGAAUCUUGUGGGGAAACAGCUGACAUUGUAGGGCCUGAGCUGUGAAGUCUCUGAGAGACAAUUACUGUGCUCCACAGUGAAUGACCUUAAUUUCUAGUCCAUUUGGGUAUACUAGUCCAUCCUGUGGUAUGACACAACUUAGAUUGUCCCUUACUCUCCAGCUUUCAAGGAGACACAAACGCUUCUACAGUGGGGGCUCAGAGAACUUUGGGUUCAUACUUACAGGGGCUGCAUCGGAGUGGUUGCUGCAGUUGCCAAGAAUUCACUGCCUAAAAAGGAUUAGAAGCCCAGGGUUGGGAGAAACUAUGUGAGCGGGGAGUGGGGGUGGAGGGGGAGAGAUUAAACAGCAGAUGUUAUGGGGAUGUGCUGCAAAAUUUGGAUGCAGUUAAACCCUCAUUUUUACUGUUGAUGUGCCCAGACAGGGUAGACCCAGCAUUGAUCCAUUUCCGACGUAUUGGCAACUCGAAAUUAAGCAAAAAUAGUUAUCCUCAGAGUUGAAAGGGAAAG